AGACCGUAGGCUGUCUUGGAUUGCUUGUUGGAGCUGCGGGAGAAGGGGUCGGCGGCGGGGAACAACGCGGGGCCGACCCCCGGCCUUUCCGCCGCCGAGGUGGCCGCCCCGCGCCGUCUCUGCGGCGCCAGUUCCGGGCCACUGCCUUCGUUCUCCCUUCGCUCUGCCGCGCCAGAGCUCCGCACAAGCACCACGAUGUCGGCCCCUUACCCAGGCCCCCUUCGCCUCCUCUUCCCAUAAGAGACUUCCAGAUCUUAAAGAUUUUUGACUGAUUUUAAGCAUUUCUCUAUCUAUAGCUAUCUGUUUACAUUCUGACUGGGAACACUGGGAUCACUUUCAUCAUGCCUACAGUGGUGGUAAUGGACGUAUCCCUUUCCAUGACCCGACCUGUGUCUAUCGAGGGGUCCGAGGAAUAUCAGCGCAAGCACCUGGCAGCCCAUGGUUUGACAAUGCUGUUUGAACACAUGGCCACAAAUUACAAGCUUGAGUUUACAGCUCUGGUGGUUUUUUCAUCACUCUGGGAAUUGAUGGUUCCCUUCACAAGAGAUUAUAACACCCUACAGGAAGCACUAAGUAAUAUGGAUGAUUAUGAUAAAACCUGCUUGGAGUCUGCAUUAGUUGGUGUUUGCAAUAUCGUUCAGCAAGAAUGGGGUGGUGCAAUUCCUUGUCAGGUUGUUCUGGUGACAGAUGGCUGUCUUGGCAUUGGUAGAGGGUCACUGCGGCACUCCCUAGCUACUCACAGCCAACGCAGUGAGAGCAACAGGUUCCCACUACCUUUUCCUUUCCCAUCUAAGUUAUACAUCAUGUGCAUGGCAAAUCUGGAGGAGCUUCAGAGCACUGAUUCCUUGGAUUGCCUUGAACGUCUUAUAGAUUUAAACAAUGGUGAAGGGCAGAUUUUUACUAUUGAUGGCCCCCUGUGCUUGAAAAAUGUACAGUCUAUGUUUGGAAAACUGAUAGAUCUGGCAUAUACACCUUUCCAUGCUGUUCUCAAGUGUGGCCACCUAACCGCUGAUGUGCAAGUCUUCCCCAGGCCAGAACCUUUUGUUGUAGACGAGGAAAUCGAUCCUAUCCCUAAAGUCAUUAACACAGAUUUGGAAAUAGUGGGAUUUAUUGAUAUAGCUGAUAUUUCAAGUCCCCCUGUUCUGUCCAGACAUCUGGUUCUACCUAUAGCACUUAACAAAGAAGGUGAUGAGGUGGGUACUGGUAUAACGGAUGACAACGAAGAUGAAAAUUCAGCCAAUCAGAUUGCAGGCAAAAUACCCAACUUUUGUGUCCUGCUCCAUGGCAGCCUAAAAGUGGAAGGAAUGGUGGCGAUAGUUCAAUUAGGUCCUGAAUGGCACGGAAUGCUCUACUCCCAAGCUGACAGCAAGAAGAAAUCAAACCUCAUGAUGUCUCUCUUUGAGCCUGGCCCAGAACCUCUCCCAUGGCUAGGGAAAAUGGCACAGUUGGGUCCUAUUUCAGAUGCUAAAGAAAACCCUUAUGGUGAGGAUGAUAAUAAGAGCCCAUUCCCCCUGCAGCCCAAAAACAAACGCAGUUAUGCCCAGAAUGUGACCGUGUGGAUCAAACCCAGUGGCCUGCAGACAGAUGUACAGAAGAUUUUAAGAAAUGCAAGGAAACUACCUGAAAAAACACAGACAUUCUAUAAGGAGCUGAACCGUUUACGAAAGGCUGCCUUGGCCUUUGGUUUCCUGGACCUGCUCAAAGGGGUGGCUGACAUGCUAGAAAGGGAGUGCACGCUGCUGCCUGACACAGCUCACCCCGAUGCUGCGUUCCAGCUGACUCACGCCGCCCAGCAACUCAAGCUGGCCAGUACUGGCACCUCUGAGUACGCCGGGUAUGACCACAACAUCACACCUUUGCAGACAGACUUCUCUGGGAGCAGCGCUGAAAGAAUGUGAAGCUGACUUCAUUCUUUAUUCAAGUGAAAAUAAUUUAGGAUAAAAACUUUUCUGGUCUGUUCACCUCUGCAGCAGCUACCCAAAGACCUUCUCAAGGCUGCCUCAGAAGCACCACUUGCAGGUUUGACUCUGCUACUCUGAGAAGGGUUCUGCAGGGUGGGCAGCUGCUCGGGCUUUGACCUUAGCUUUCUGGAGUUCAGUCUUUAAAACCAAAAGACAACUGUUGCUCCCACAAUGGGCACCUCUCCUGAGAAGCCUGAAGGACUGACAAGCGUAGAGCCCACUUCACCUUCCUCGGGCACCCUAACAACCUGGGUUCUCUGUUCCUGAAAUGCCCUUUACUCUUCUCCUCUCCCAACCACAGGGACAUUUUCAGGUACCUAUGAUUGGGAGAGGAGACUUGCUAAGUACAAGCCCAACAUCACUAAGUUUCAGAAUUUCCUUAGAACUUGGGCAAAAGGUCGGUGGUAACCCUUAGGUGCUUUUGGCUUAUCUUGAGAUACAAACUAUUUAGACAGCAACCAUAAAUGUAUAAAAUGAUUGUUUCUUCAAAUUUUUUUUAAUGAAAAUAAAAUAUUUGAUUUUCUAUAAAAUGGUUGCACUGGGAAAUUUUUAAUGGGUCUUUUUGCCUUUUGCCCUGUCCUAUAACCUAAGUAUAAUUUUAACUUCCUAAGUAGCAUAGAUUCAUUAAUCUUGAAGGUUACUUGGGUUCCAUACUGACUUCCUUGUUUCUGACACUGGUUAGGCCUCACUGCUUCACUGCCUAAGCCAGGUUCCCUCCAGGUAGAUUCUGAUAUCACUGUAGUCAGUUAUGGUUCCCGUUCAUGAGCUAGCUUCAUGACCUUAGGCAAGUCAUCUAACUUCUCCAGGCUUUAUUUACAUCAUCAGUGCUUUUCAGAUUGUUCUGUAAACCUCCUAAGGAAUGGCUGCUUCAACCCAAGCAAACAUGUUUUAUUUAACAUGCUGAAUUGCUAUAUAGGCAUACCUCGGAGGUUUUGCAGGUUUGCCUCCAGGCCACCUCAGUGAAGCAAAUAUUUCACUAAAGUGAGUCACACGAAUUUCUUGGUUUCCCAGUAUAUAAAAAUGUUAUGUUUACACUAUACUGUAGCCUAUUAAGUGUGCAAUAGCAUUCUAAAAUAAAACGUAUAUACCUUGAUUUUAAAAUAUUUACUGCUAAAAAAUGCUAUCCAUCAUCUGACAACACAGGGUUGCCACAGAUCUUCAAUUUCUAAAAAAUGCAAGUAUCUGUGAAGUGCAAUAAAGCGAGGUAUGCCUAUAAAAUACUUUUUCUAAACAAAGGAAUUUAUCACUAACAAUUUGGAAACCAUUAGACUAAAUGAUCUUUAAACACAAGUUACUAAGAUUUUAAUUGUAAAUGUUUAAUAGAAAUACACAAUUUUUAGCUUUCUCAGACAGCAAUAAAGGGGUUUAUAACAAUCAGUCACUAAGAAUACAAGAUUCUACCACAAAGAUACAGCAUAAUCUGCUGUAAAGCUGAUCUGCCCAAUUACACAUAGAAAGUCAGUUGAAAGAACACCAGAAAUUAAUACAAACAAAUGUUGACAGAAGUUGCAGACAUGCAAAAUAUCCUUCAGUGCAAUGAACUUGUAAAAAUAUCAACCAGCCUAUGCUAAUCAGAUGUUUUUACUUAGGUCAAACCAAGUUUCCAUCUUGGGCCCAGAGAAAUAGCAUAACCCACUGAGUCCCCUUUCCCCCAGGAACAAUGGGAAUGGCAGAACAGAAAGAGUCAGCAUACCUCAAAUUCUUAUAUACAAACAUUACUUGGUUUACUUGGAAUGUGUUAGGGAAAACUGAUGUUUUCGACAAUGGCCAAAUCAUAGUGUCUAGAUUUUUUUCAGUUCCUCUGUUGGUGGAUUUCCUGCCAGGAAUUGUUAAAGGCUCAGCUGGUGGUUCUCCAGCCAAAGUUCUCUUUGUUUUCACUGUCCUACUGCAGACAGGUGAAACAACAGCAAAAUAAAAAGCAGGUGUUUUUGAGGCCCAUUCAAAAACAGUUCCACCAACUCACUCUGACACAAGUAAAUGGACUCAGUCAAUGCAGGGGAAGGAACACUGAGUUUUUUAUGUCUGUGCACAGCCUAAGACAGUUUCAUAGGUAUUUUUACUUGGCCUACUCUGAUGUUUCCAGUUUGCCACAGGCUGCAUGGCCAGUUUGACCCUUUUGAUCCCUGUAGCACCAUUUGCAUUUGGAACUCUUAUAAUCUCAUUGUUUUCUAACUAAUGUUUCAUCUUUCGUGUUGAAAAUAGUUCUGAUUUAGCUAGGAAUGAAGUAAAUGAUCAUGGUGUUCCAAGGUUCUGACUGGUUUCUCUCAAAUCACCCUGGGCCUCUCCAGUGCCCACGCAGGUUAAGAUGUUGUUAGAGAGAUUCAGAGGUAAUAUGUGUCCUCCAGCCCUACUCGGACUCAGAAAUGUUUUAUCAAUGACUGAGUAAAACUCGAUUUCCAGAAAAAUCAAUGCCAACCCACUUAACAAGUAGCCCCUUGGGUACAGAAUAUAUUAGGUCCUUGUCUGAGUCACUUUCACAGCCGCCUACACAGCAACGUAGUCUUGCUUUUUUUUUUCCCACAA